AUGAGUUGUUUAUCGAUACUUUUCAGUAUUAUCACUGUAUGGAAUAUAGCUACGACUUUUGCGGCAAGCGAUAGUAUUUACCUUAAGGGACACAGGGUGGGGCAAGAUAUUGACAACCUAUACAAAGUGUAUGAUAAUGGCACUAUGUAUCCCGUCACUUUCAAUGAGUGGUUAAAUGAUCUAUCUAGGACAAACGACUCACCAUCAGGUAAUGUGACCAUAUCAAAGCGUGAUAGUGAAAUUUCCUGUAUUAAUGACACAUGCCAGCACGUAGAUUACCAUGUGAGUGACAAAGGGGUUAUUACUAUAGACAUAGCUACGUAUAGCACUCCUGCCGAACGGGAUAACUCUGUUUCAAGCAACGCAUCGUAUGGACUUUCAAAACGUGAAACAACGUAUGAAACGUUUUGUAAGAAGAAAAUAUACGGUAUGAAUGUUUCCGGUUUCUGUAAUACCUAUGACUUCGCUGUUCCUGCUUUCGACUUUGGUAGUAAUGUCUACACCCUUGUCAGUGGUAUCAUUGAUAAGAUCAAAAACACUACGAAGAGGGAUAAGACAGCGUGUUUAGGUUACGAGUUAGAUCAUGUGAUAAUAGAUCCUGCCGUUGAUUGGUCUAUCUUCGUUUCUACUUGGAAACAAGGAUCGGCUAACCGUGACACACAGGCUUCUGCUGACAGCUUGAAAUGUGCUGCCCAAAAAGCACUUGACAGUGAACAUAAUCACCAAAAAACGGCUUUCUGUAUCCAUCUAGAUAGCGGAGGAUCGUUUAACUUAGACAUCAGGCUAAUUUCCGAGCUUUCAUUUUCGAAAUACAACCCCUGGGCUCUUCCAUGUCCAAAGGACAAGGGUUCUAACUCUUGGCAGGUUGUGAGUGACUGUUUUGAAUAG